AUAUUUUGUAUUUCCGGGAGAGGUCUGUAUGUAAACAAUACAGAUCUCUCCCCUGUCCAGUCACGGUGCUUUGUAUUGCUCCGUAUAGCAGAGUCAUUUAAAACAGUAUUCUUACACAGUAAAGCACACACAGACAACACAGUAAAACAGCAUACAGUUAACCCAUUGAUUGCCCCAGAUGUUAACCCCUUCCAGCCCAGUGUCAUUAGUACAGUGUCAAUGCUUUUUAUUAGCACUGAUCACUGUAUUAGUGUCAGUGGCAGUUAGUCAGUUCCCCCCAGUGUUAGAAUGCCUGCCGCAGUCCCGCUGCAA